ACAUCAACAUCAAUGAAUGAAGAAGGUACUACUAGUAGUAUUAAACAGACUACAAACUAUCAUUAAUAACGCUAAAAAAUCACAUGUUUUAUCAUAACCAAUGUUGUUUUAACUUAUACUAGUACCAAGCAAAAUGCUACAAAAAUAACCAUACCAAUCUUCCAACUCUUCCAAAAACUCUCUCUACACAUCCAAACUCUAAAUUUCAGCUUCUCCGCCGUUCUAAACCGUCAGUCAAUGUGGCGUCCAUCAAGCAAAUCGUCUGUUAAGAUUCACAAAACAUACUCUCCCACCGCCUCCUUCAAAGACAUCCACCACCUCUGCAAAGACAACGAUUCCUCUUCUUCUCCCUCUCUCUCCAGAGUUUUCCGCCGAGUCUGCGCUGCCAACUUGAUCCUCCGUUCCUGGCCAACUCGUCCUCCGUCUGACCACCUCCUCCUCCUCCGCGCAGACUCCGAACCUGUCGUCACUCUACGGCGGAAUCCGGAACCAGAUGCGAUACGGAUCUCUAUCCCCGGCGCGGAGAGUAGCAUCGUCGUGUACUUCACCAGCCUCCGCGUCGUUCGUCCCACCUUCGAGGACUGCCGAGCCGUCACGGCGAUCCUCCGCGCCUUCCCCGUGCGAGUCGACGAGAGAGAUCUCUCGAUGGACGCGUCUUUCGCCGCCGAGCUGGAGCGGAUCUUCGCCGGAGAGAAGGAUCUUCCGACGAAGCUGCCGCGCGUGUUCAUCGGCGGACGGUACGUCGGGGGAGCGGAGGAGGUGAAACGGCUUCACGAGAUCGGAGAGCUGAAGAAGCUCGUGCAGGAGUUUCCGAGGGUUGAGCCAGGGGUUUGUGAGAUGUGCGGCGGUUAUAGGUUCGUGCCGUGCAACGGCUGUCACGGUAGUCACAAGGUGUAUAGGGAGAAGCUAGGUUUCAGAACAUGCUCAAGUUGUAACGAGAACGGCCUCGUCAGGUGUUCGUCUUGUUCGUAUUUCGCAUCUCAGGCCUAGUUCAUAGGUUUUUUUUUGUUUUUUGGUUAUAAUUCUAUAGGGAAAUUGGAAUAUUUUAAUUGGGAAGGGGUAGCUUUCAGCUUGUCUUUAGAUAAUUAGAUUCGUAUAGAUUAAAUGUGAUGUGAACGUGAUUAGCAGCUAACAUUUGUUUUUCUUUGCUGUCAAAGAGUAUAAUGUAAGUGUUAUUAUCUUCAAAAUUUUAAAACUA